CCCUAGAUCAUCAUCAUUUCAAGGGUAUAUAAUCUUCCCAUUCGGCACUUAGACGGCCUCUGCCAUUUCUAGAGUUCAUCUUCCACAUCCAGUCCCAGGGAUCUUAAUCCUAUAUUCGUAAGUGAACAGCCUCUAGUUAUGGCUUAUAAGGCGGUUAAGACCACAAAGCCUGGGCUGGAAGAGCCACAGGAGCAAGAGCACAAAAUCAGAAUCACUCUGUCAUCAAAAAAUGUGAAAAACCUUGAGAAAGUUUGUUCUGACUUGGUUCGUGGGGCCAAGGACAAAAGGCUUAGAGUUAAGGGUCCAGUCAGGAUUCCCACCAAGGUUCUCCUUAUCACCACUAGAAAGUCUCCAUGUGGAGAAGGAACCAACACAUGGGACAGAUUUGAGCUAAGGGUGCACAAGCGUGUCAUUGACCUAUUCAGUUCACCAGAAGUUGUGAAGCAGAUCACCUCAAUCACCAUUGAACCGGGUGUAGAGGUUGAGGUCACUAUUGCUGAUCCUUAGAUCAACUUUGAGUGUGUUAGGCACUCACGGCUUGCUAAGCCUUGUUUUUGCUUUGUACUAUCUCUGUGAGUUAUGGGUCUCUUCUGAAUUUCCCUUCUUGCCUCCAACCUCUGUAGACAUUAUGCAUGAGUUUUGUAUUUUUGAUGAAAUAUGGUGGAACAUCUUUGUCGCGAAAUCUUACUCCGUAUUGUAGAAUAUUUUAUUUGAUCUUUUACAUCUUUAAAUUGUGUUAUAAACCAUUGAAGCUACUAAUUUGUGGUGAAUAUGUUUAAAUUGGUUUAAUUGGUCAAUAUGUUUAAAUUGUCUGA